GCGCCCAAGUGCCGGCCGGUUGGCGUAGGUGCUUAAAUACCGUCGCCACCUGCGCUGCGGCAGUUCUCCGCACCGCGGCCAGAACAGAACCAAAAAUCAUUGGUGUGUAUGCUCUUGCACCUGUAGAGGACAGGAAGUCCAUUUAGGAAAGAAACAGAAAAAUCUUUCUUGCCUGUGGAAGUAGAAGCAAUAUUUAUAUGCUUUGAAAAGAUCUACUGUAGUUUUCUGCCACUUAAUGCUAACUGGGAAAAAAAAGCCCAACUCAUCUGCUUGAGGAGAUUCUAUUCUAAUGUAUCCAGUGGCUGUUCCUGCACCAGGAGGUGAAGGAAAUAAUGGACAACAUGGGAAACGUAUUUUUUUCAUUUUUGUUUUUGGAGCUGUGUUGCUCUGCACUGGAUUCCUGCUGUCUGUCUUUAUUCUCCAGUCAUGCCCGUCUGGAACCUUCAGUGACUGCAGUGAGGUCCUUAAGGCUGCUGGGCCUGUGCUGGCGAUAGCUGGACUGGUUUGCGUUUUACUGGCACGAUCAAGGGCCAGGUUGUAUAUAAGACAAAGACAGCUACAAAAUGAGCAGGUGUACAGCCUUGUUUUCUGUCGUGGGAGCUGUCAGUUUGCCCAGUUUCUCAUAUUUGGAUUCCUGUUUUUAACUAGUGGAAUGCUAAUUAGCAUCCUGGGCAUUUGGGUUCCUGGCUGCAGCCCCAGCUGGCACAGCAUACAGCUCAACCACACCGACAGUUCUGAUGUGGACCUCCAGGGCUGUGGACUCCUGUCACUUCAAAUCAUGGGACCUUUGAUUGUGCUUACUGGGUUGUGUUUCUUCGUGAUAGCUCAUGUUAAAAAGAAACAAAACUUAAAUCUCAAUCAAGAAUCUUGCGAAAGUGAAGAACAUACUCACAGUCCUGAAUCUUUUCAGGUCACAGUAGGUGAUGCUGUAAUGGUAUUCCCACCUCCACCACCUCCUUAUUUCGCUGACCCUGUGUCACCAACUGUGACACAUUGUCUUAUGUCAAGUGGUUUGCCUACAAGUGAAAGUCCUCCACCAUACCACUCUAUCUUCAGUGAUGGGGCACGGCUUGCAGGUGAUGAAAGGACAGUUGCUGCUAGAGACUACGAAACCAUAUAUACAAUUUCUGGAAGCAGCUCACCUUCAGACAUUCUUCCAAUGCUGUACCUUUCCUCUGAAUCACCUCCAAAAUAUGAAGAAAAAGCAUCAAUAACAAAUAAUGAAUGUUCUCCAUCUUCUUCAUGUAUUUCCCUAGCCACAUCUGACACCAGCUUGUAGAGGA